GUGCGGUUCGUUUGGUCAGUCACAAGUCGAGCGUUGAGCUGGAAACAUUCGAAGAGUCUUUUUGAGUUUUGAAACCUUUUUUUUUUGUUUUUGAGCAGUCAGUUGGUGGUAUCCUGUCCUGGGUCAGUCGAUUCCUGUGGUGCUAAGAGAAGAAGAACUUCAACAAGCGAGGAACUUUAUUCGGAGAAGUUAAAAGUCGAAUUCCUGAAUUUGUUACCAUUUCUUGACGAUUUUACCAUCGUCGUCGUCGUUUACUGCCGUGUGUGAUAUAAUACAAGUAUAUAAACGGAAUUUCUGCAGAGAAAAACCAAAGAGCCUCAAAGGAAAUUCAAAAAGAAGGCAUCAACCGAGGUGCUGUGUGUUGUGAAAAUCUGCGCAAAAGCAUUAAGGUGUUGGGUUGGAAGAAGAGAAAAACCAGCGCGCCAUCGGUGUAGACGAGUGAAGAAAACCGUAUAAUUGAUAGGCUUGGAACUCGGACGUGGACACGGACCAACAGGUACACAGCGCGGAUAAUACCUCCUGUCCUAUCGACCGUUGCAAUCUCGUGGUGCGACUGAACAACAAAACACAAACAACAACCGAUAAAGGGAGUGGAGAGAAACGAUGACGUCGGUUAUGCGGAUUGAGGAUGCUGAGGUGGCCGCCGCCAACCAGGAGCAGUACCUGCGCGGUCUGACCAAAACAUUCACCGGAAUCGAGAAACCGCUGAAGGACGCCCCCCAGUGUGGCACGUUGACGGAACUGAUUGCCGAGCUGCACAGGGUGUUCGCCGAAGAUCGGGUCAACAUCGAGUACGUGAACCAUCUGAUGAUGAGCUACAAGAGCAACGCGGCCGAGUGGCGAAAGUUUGCCAAGUUCGAUCGUUACAGGUACACUCGCAACCUGGUCGAUGCCGGCAACGGCAAGUUCAACCUGAUGCUCCUGUGCUGGAAUGAAGGGCACGCCUCCGCGAUCCACGACCACGCCGACUCGCACUGCUUCAUGAAGAUGCUCAAGGGCGAACUGACGGAGGUGCGUUACGCGUGGCCCAAGGACGCCACCGUCAACGAGGACGCCGCGGCCAACAUCGGCCAGGAUCCGGAGGACCAGGAGUACAGCGGGGACGAGCUGGAGGAACUGUCGCGGACGACGCUCGCCACGAACGGCGUGUGCUACAUCAACGACACGCUCGGCCUGCACCGGGUCGAGAAUCCGAGCCACUCGGAUGUGGCCGUGUCGCUGCAUCUGUACUGUCCCCCGUUCGAUACGUGCUCGGUCUUCAACAAGCAAACUGGCAAACGCACCAAGUGCAAGGUCACCUUCUGGAGCAAGUACGGCAAGCGGGAGGAGCAGACCGAGUAAACGAAACCCAGAACUGACGAAAGGUCCACCAAGCCUGGGGCUUUCACAAGAGAACAGAAGAGUGAGAUUUCUACAAGACGCGGUCAUUUCCAGACAAAAAAAAGAUGCACCCAUUUUAUUAUUACCAAUUCCUUAGAAAGUAAGUUCGGAUAGUUGUGUGAGCUGUUACGACGACGACGUAACUGGGUGAAAAGGAUAUUUUAGCAGCGAAAGCGAGCAUAUCUAUUCGAUUGGAUAGCUAAAACUAAAGUGUCGUUAUAUUUUUCUAUGUUGCAUUUAGAAAUUAUGCAUGUUUUUGAGAUAAAUUUUGGAAUAAAGAUAUUUAAAAUUUCUAA